GGCGCCUGUCUGCAGCCUGCGCAGCCCAGGAGUGUUGGGCAAUUUCGGUUUCCUCUGAGGCUGAAGGGACCCGGGCGUGCCAGCCCUGCCCCCCGGGGCGUCUUGGGGCCGCGUCUGUUCGGGCAUGGAGGAGAGAGUAGUGCGGCCCUCGGUGUUCUCGGUGGAAGGACAGACGGACAUCCCGUUCAGGAGGCUGGAACGAAGCCGCCGGAGACAGCCCUGCAGCGCAGCGCGCGUGGGUCUGGGUCUCCUGCUUUUUGUGAUGGGGGCCGGGCUGGCGGUCCAGGGCUGGUUCCUGCUGCAGCUGCACUGGCGCCUGGGGGAGACUGUCGCCCGCCUGCCGGACAGAGACACAGGCUCCUGGGAGCAGCUGAUGCAAGAGCGGAGGUCCCACCAUGUCAACCCGGCAGCACACCUCACAGGGGCCAACUCCAGCUUGACAGGCAGCGGGGGUCCGCUGCUGUGGGAGACGCAGCUGGGCCUGGCCUUCCUGAGGGGCCUCAGCUACCGCGACGGGGCCUUGGUGACCACGGAGGCUGGCUACUACUACAUCUACUCCAAGGUGCAGCUGGGCGGUGUGGGCUGCGCCCAGGGACUGGCCGGCGACUGGCCCGUCACCCACGGCCUCUACAAGCGCACGCCCCGCUACCCCGAGGAGCUGGAGCUGCUGGUCAGCCGGCGGUCCCCCUGUGGACGGGCAGCCAGCGCCCGCGUCUGGUGGGACAGCAGCUUCCUGGGUGGUGUGGUGCACCUGGAAGCCGGGGAGGAGGUGGUCGUCCGUGUGCCAGAGGAGCGCCUGGUCCGGCUGCGCGACGGCACCCGGUCCUACUUCGGGGCUUUCAUGGUGUGAAGGCGGGAGCGCGGGGGACGGAACGUGGGUCUGACGGGCGGAGACCUCAGAGCGUGUCUCGGGGAGACAGAAAAGCAGAGGUCUUGGAGGGCCCCAGGGAAUCCAAAACUCAGAAGACGGAGAGCUCAAUGGACGCCUCCAGAGACCAAGAACUCGUCAUCCCGAGAGGCCGAAGACCCCGUAGGCACCUCUGGAAGACCCACUAGACUGCAGACCCUGCCACAGACAAUACUAAAGACAGAGACUCAGGGACUUGGAGUCUGCAGGCCCCCGGUGUGGGGUAAAGCGGAUUUGCCUGAUAUUCAGGAAGAACGGGUGAGGGGUGGGUAUUUAUGCUUUUGAUUCAAAGAAAGUGGGACUUGGGAUUCCAGGGAAUUGCCUGGGGACAGGGAACUUCAUCAGCUUCCCCACUCUCACGAGUAGGAGCAGCGGGGCGGGAGAUUUAUCAUCGAGACUGAUCCGGGCAGAGAGCCCGGGCCCACCCCACCUACAGUCAUGGUCAUAUACUCAAGUCCCACCCACGGACUGGUGGCCACACCUCAGCCUGGUCACAAAACGUUAUGCUCAGAGACAGGGCACAGCAAUGUGCUUAUAACUGUUUAGCAACCAGCUUUCCUGGGUGCAAGGAGAGGCUUUGUGGUGUUUGUUUGCCCAUUUCCGUGGUGUAAAUGCUGCCACUGUGGCUGGUUUCUGGCUACCCGUAUGUCACCAACCGGCUGGCUGUGUCCCGUCAUUGCUAAGCAAACAUGACACAAGGACACCACUGCUGUGCUCUCAGCAGCCAGCCCAGUGCUUGCAGAUUGAAAGAAAGGAAGAAAGAAUGACCACACAGUCAAACCUAUGGCAUCACACAGAAUCUAUCACAUGGCUGCGUAACGUCCCUUCCAUUUCACAAUGACAGACUCACACAGACGGGGCCUCGGAUCCCGACAUAAUCACAUGGAAGUCAUAGCAUUGCAAACAGUCAUGGCACUGCACGGCAACCGUCUACAACAGAGCCACACACAACUCACAACCACAGGGUCACCCACAGGGGUGUCACCGUCACAUGUGGCAAUGCUCAUCCCAUCAGAUACAGACACACCCAUCACGGCCAGACCUGGUGACACACACACAACAUCACAAUGAUAAACACACAACCAUAUCCCCCCCCACACACACACAGCCUCAGGGUUCCUCCCUGGCCAAGACUGACACAUCCUAGGGUUAGGACCAGACUUUGUUCACAGCCCUGGGCCUUUGACUACUGGUGCAUGAAAUAAAUGGGAAACGGUGGCUCCUGGAUCCAUCUAGUUCUUAGGGGAAGCAAUUUGGCGUGGGAUGCCAGGCCCAAAGAGCCCCAUGGCAAAAGGAAGAGUCGGGGAGAGGGGGGCAACAGUUAGCAACAGGUGUUGGCUCAUAGAGGCAGAGCGAUGGAUGUUAUGACCCACAGAGGUCAUUUUAGCAGGAGAGUAACCUGAACCCAGUUAGCCCAGCUCCCUGCAGGAAAUGUCGGGGAAACCAAAGACCCCUCAAAUCCACAAUUCCUGAGGAAGGGGAGGCUACCCCCUGCAAGGCACCGUUAUUGGAUGCAUGCAGGAAGGAGUGGCAGACCACCAAGCCAGCUGCAAGCCUGAGAGUUAAGUGAGAACAUGGCAA